UAUAUCGAUCUCUAAUAUGAAGAGAAAACAUGAAACAAAUUGUGCUGUGGGAAUAGACCUCGGCACAACUUAUUCAUGUGUUGCAGUAUGGCAAGAACAGCACUGUCGAGUUGAGAUCAUUCACAAUGAUCAAGGCAAUAAAACUACUCCUUCUUUUGUUGCUUUCACAAAAAAUCAGAGAUUGAUCGGUGAUGCUGCUAAGAAUCAAGCUUCUGCCAACCCUCAAAACACUGUUUUUGAUGCUAAGAGAUUAAUUGGUAGGAAGUUUAGUGAUCCUAUUGUUCAAGAUGAUAUUCUUUUAUGGCCAUUCAAAGUCGUUGCCGGUGUUGGCGACAGACCCAUGAUUACUGUUAAGUACGAAGAUCAAGAGAAGCAACUCUAUGCAGAAGAAGUAUCAUCUAUGGUACUCACAAAGAUGCGAGAAAUUGCUGAGAAAUAUUUAGAAUCACCAGUUAAGGAUGCAGUUGUUACUGUGCCAGCUUACUUUAAUGAUGCUCAACGAAAAGCAACUAUAGAUGCUGGUGUUAUUGCUGGUCUCAAUGUUAUGAGGGUAAUGAAUGAACCAACUGCGGCAGCUGUUGCGUAUGGUCUUGACAAGAGGACUGAUUAUGAUGGAGAGCGGAAUAUUUUUGUCUUUGAUCUUGGUGGUGGUACUUUUGAUGUGUCUCUACUAACUAUUAAGGGUGAUGUUUUCAAAGUAAAGGCAACAGCUGGAAACACUCACCUUGGAGGAGAAGACUUUGAUAAUAGAAUGGUCAACUACUUUGUACAAGAGUUCAACAGAAAGAACAAAGUGGAUAUUUGUGGAAAUUCAAAAGCCUUGAGGAGGUUGAGAACUGCUUGUGAGAGGGCAAAGAGAUCACUAUCUUUCCUUGUUGUUGCCUCUAUUGAAGUAGAUUCGUUAUUUCAAGGUAUUGACUUUUCAUCAUCCAUCAAUAGGGCCAAGUUUGAGGAAAUGAAUAUGGACCUUUUCAAUGAGUGUAUGAAGACUGUUGAGAGUUGUCUUACUGACGCUAAGAUGGAUAAGGGCAGGGUAGAUGAUGUUGUUCUAGUUGGUGGAUCUUCUAGAAUUCCUAAAGUACAACAGCUACUACAAGACUUUUUUAAGGGAAAAGAGUUGUGCAUGAGCAUUAAUCCUGAUGAGGCCGUAGCUUAUGGGGCAGCUGUUCAAGCUGCUUUGCUUAGUGAAGGUGUUACGAAUGUUCCAAAGUUGGUGCUGCAGGAUGUUACACCUCUGUCUCUUGGCACAUCUUUAAUAGGAGAUAUCAUGAAUGUCGUGAUUCCUAAGAAUACUUGCAUUCCUGUCAACAAGACUAAAGUUUAUGGUACAAGUGUAGAUAAUCAAACCAGUACUUUGAUUAAGGUUUAUGAGGGUGAGAGGACAAAAGCGAGUGACAACAACUUGCUUGGUUAUUUUAUUCUUCAUGGCAUUCCCCCAGCUCCCCGCGGUUCCCCUUCUUCAGUUGUUUGCUUUGAUAUCGAUGAAAAUGGUAUUUUGACUGUUUCAGCUAAGAAUAAUGCUUCUGGAAGUUCGAACAAGAUUACAAUAACUAAUCACAAAGAAAGAUUGUCAAGUGAGGAAGUUAAGAAAUUAAUUCAAGAAGCUGAGAAAUACCAAAUUGAAGAUAAGAAAUUCCUAAGGAGGGCCACGGUGGUGAAUGCAUUGGAUUAUUACAUUUACAAAAUGAGUAAGGCUUUAGAGAAAGAGGACAUUGAUACAAAGCUCUCCUCGGAAGAAAUUGAGAAGAUUAAAUCAACGAUCGCUGUGACAACAAAUUUGGUUGAUGAGAAUAACCAUGUGGUUGAAAUAGAUGAUUUGGAGGACCAUCUAAAGAAACUUGAAAGUGGAAUGGAACAGAUUAUUGCUAAGACUAUUUAGCUUUUUAUUUAUUUUUUCUGAAUCAAGAUUUUGAGUAUUGUCUUGCUGUUAAGUAUUGUCGUGCUGUUUAGUAUUCAUUAUCUAAUUUGCAUGAUAAUGAUAACUCCCAAAAUUUACUAGUAAAU